AUGUCAGCUCUGAUUGAAAUGAGUGAGGUUCCUCAGCAGAUCUCUUUAACUGUGGUUAAACUUGGAGAUAAUGUGACUCUGACAUCUGUGACUGAAAUGAAUGAGGUACCUCAGCAGAUCUCUUUAACUGUGGUUAAACUUGGAGAUAAUGUGACUCUGACAUGUGCGCUCUCUGGAAGUGAUAAAGAGUUAUUUUACUGGUAUAAACUGAAUUUUGGAUAUAUGGUUCAAACAGUUACUAAAGGAAGUUUUGACAAUAUAUCGUUCCAAAUUAGCAACUCAAGAUUCAGUGCCACAAAAGUGGGUAAUGUGCUUUCUCUUAACAUAAGAAAUGUAAGCAAAGAAGAUGAAGCAACAUACUUCUGUCAAGCAGGAUCAUCAUUCAAUAUUAACUUUAUUAAUGGCACAAUUUUGGCAGUGAAUGAUCCUAAAAUCCAGCAUAAAUUUUUCACAGUAAAACAAACUCCAGAUGUGAAUUCAGUCCAUCUGGAUGAUACAAUGACUCUGCAGUGUUCACUCCUCUCUGAGAACAAAAAUGACACAGAUCAGUGUCCAGAUGAAGACAAAGUGCACUGGUUUAAAGGUGCAUCAGAAUCCCAUCCAGGCAUCAUUUACCACGGCAGUAUCAGAAAUAAAGAGGAUGGGAGAUGUGACUACAGUCUGUCCAAAACUAUAACAAACUCAUCUGACGCUGGGACGUACUACUGUGCGGUGGUGACAUGUGGAGAAAUCCUGUUUAGUGAAGGAACAAAAGUGGACAUAAGACAAAAGUGGGACCCAGUUGUCAUUGUGCUUGGGAUGCUGUUGGCUCUCUUGGAUGUGGAUGAUGUGGAUGAUGAGGUGGGUGUAGUUUCCUCUGUGAUGGGGUUGGGUGGGCUGCCAGGGGCUCUGUGGGGCUUGGUGGUGGUGCUGCUGCGGGCCUCGUUUGUCUAUGUCUAUGUGUCAGGUCAAGUCUCCACUUCUGCCUCUCUGGGAACAUCUGAGGUGGAGAAGGGUCUGGCUGCAGCCAAUAUGGAGCACCAUAUGGUGACAUCCACAGUAACUGGAUACACAUGA